CUUAGUAGAUAGAUCUGAAAUCCGCCUUUUCCAAGACAUGAGCACCCCCAAUUAACUUCAAUCACCAAACUCCCCGCUCCUCACUCAUCUCAUCCGAUAUUUGCCUCAUUUGUUUUAUAAUGAAUCCAUACGCUUCGGACCCAGGUGAUAUCCCCGCCACCGACAUGUAUGCAGACGUACCGCUAUACGGCCGGUACUUCCCCAGGCCGGACGACUUUCAGGUCGAUCUCCAGCAUAUCAACUCUCUGUCGACUGCAUCACUGCAAUAUUGGGCAUCGGUUGUUGAACUCUGCAAUGAAGCCGUUAGGAUAUACCCCGCUGACGAGGGCGGCCGCGACGUCUUCGCUCUUGGUAGCGUCAUCGUGAAGUCCAGCCAUCUUCACAAUUCAGGCAAUGGCCAGAUUAAGGAGAUCGAUUUCUCAUACGCUGAUGCCAACGAACUGCAGGCGAUUACCAUUGCCAAGAGCAUCUUAAAAGACGUUAGAGUACCAGAGAUCCUCUUUGCCGGCAAGCUCAACGGCCGUCAGGUGCUGGUCCAAGAAAGGCUCCCGGGCGUUGGUAUGAACAUCGCAUUGCCAUACCUAUCGCAAGGCCAAAAGGAAUCAUUUAGACAACAAUCACGAGAGAUACUUCGCCAGUUACACGACGUGAAGCCGACUGAUGGACGCCAUAAUCGCUCCACGUCCUCCAAGACCCCAACAUCCUCAGAAAUGGCCGUAUUUAUGCACGAGAAGGAGAAAUCCUCUUCUCAAGCGGCAAUACUGAUCCGGACUUGGCUUUCAUGCACAAUGACUUCAAUGAGUCUAACGUCAUAGUUGAAAAUGAUAAGAUUGUUGGGGUUAUUGACUGGGAGAUGGCUGGCUUCUUUGGCUGGAAAACGGCGGGAGAAGUCCACCGCAAGAUCAGAACGCCUCAAAGGGAGCAUUUUGCUAAUGCCAAUUUGAGUGAGGUGAAGAUUCAAGAAAUUAUGCAUUGGAAUGAUCUUUAUGAUGAUGGUGCGCCUGAGUUGUGAGAACAGAUGGACUAUAUAGAGGAAUGCUACAGUGCAACCGCUGAAGAGGAUUAAGAUAUGAGUGC